GCCAUUUCUAAACUGUACGUUCUUCAUAAAUCCUUUGGUUUUUUUUUCCCAUCCUCUGUAAUUAUUCUCUCAAUUCUGUCUGUAUAUAAAUUUUAGCACCAUAUUUUUGUCAGUUGACGAAUUAAUAAUUUUUUUUGAGCAUUUUUGUUUUAAUUUAUCGAGAAUUGGUUCGUGCUGCUGCAUCUGUGCGCGUAAGCAAUGAUACUGUAGUUCGUUGGAGCUGCAGAUUUUUUCAUUUUUGGGACUAUAUUUAUCCGAUAAUAUUGGAAACUGCUGCUAAAUUGAAUGAUUAGAAGACAAAAUCCAGCUUGUGGUAGCUGUGGAUUGGUGGACAUUCAUGUGUCACUGACCAUCAGUUCCUUUGGGAACAUAAGUUCAGAACGUACUGUAAGACUUGAAAUGGAUUCAGACAGUAUUGAAGAGAAACCCACUACAGUUGAAAAUGUCAAUUAUGGUGAAUUAGAGGCUGAAUCGAAUAAUAUCGAUUCACUUGAAGUUGUAUCAUCUGGUGGAGACACUAUGCGCGAACUAGGAAGUGUAGCAGAAAAUUUAACAAGGGUUGAGUUAGAUAUAGCAUGUUCCUCUGAGAAGUUGAUUAAUUUAGAUAUACUUGUCAUGCAUGUGGCUUCAAGGGAAAGUGAUUUUGAGGCUUUCUCUCUGGUAGAGGAUCAUACCGUGGAAGGUCCAAUGGUCAAAGCAUUAGAAUUUGACCUCCUAUAUGGGUUUUUGGACUCUGAAGUUAGAGUACUGGAGAAUUUUCUAUCAGCUCUUCGCACUGAGAUUGUCAGUUCUCGAGAAGUUGUUUCUUCAUUUUCGCUUCUUGGUGAUACAUUUAUAGAAGAUAAGUUGCGUGAUUGCGAGGACUCUUUGAAGCACUCUUUCGAACAGGUUUCUGACUUAAAGGAGCAAGCUGCCGACUUCCAGAGAAUCUUAUUUGCUUCUUCUGGUGAUGAAAAAUGGAAAGAUAACAAAGAGAUUGGUUGUUUGGAAAAUAACAACAGUCCAGAUUUGAGUGCAAAGAUUAAAAUGCAGACAGCAGAACAGCAGAGGAAUAUCUUGAGAAUGCUGGAGAAGUCUUUGGCUCGGGAAAUGGAUCUUGAGAAGAAGCUAACCGAGUCAAGAGAAACUGAAGAAGACUUAAAACUUCGGCUGCAACAAGAAGUCUUUUGCAUGGAACAGGAAGCUGAAGAUAUGUGGGAAAGAUUGUUUGAGGCAGAAAAUAGUGCAGAUAUACUCUCUGGGGUUUCAAAAGAACUAUAUGGGCGAAUCCAGAUGGCACAAUUUAGUAUAAAUGGGUUGAUUGAACAUGAAGGGGAGCUGAGAUCUAAACUUGAAGAUUUUAGUGAGCAAAAUAAAAAAUUGACAGAAAAAGCUUCUGAAGCUGAAAAGAUAGCUGAGAUUGCUGAAGCUGAGUGUAAAAAUCUCAGGAUGUCUAACAUGGAGCUUAAUACAUAUGUCAGCCACUUGAAGAGUAGCAUCACUGGUGCAACUAAUCAGGUGGAACAGUUGGAGACGCAAUUGAAGGAUUCUGAGAAUAAGCGACUGCAUGCAGUGGCAUCUGCUGAAGCUAGUCAAGAGAAGCAAAGCAUGUUAGAUUGCACAAUCCAGGAUAUGGAGGACUUAAUUAGAGAUCUAAAAUCCAAGGUUCAAAGGGCCGAAAGUCAGACUGAGAGUGCUGAAGACAAGUGUAUUAUAUUAUCGGAGACCAAUGCGGAUCUCAUUGACGAAUUAAAAUUUCUAAGGCGUAGAAUGGAACACUUUGAAACCUCUUUGCAUCAGGCCGAUGAAGCUAAGAAAGAAACUGCAAAAGAUAUCAGGGUGAGGACUAAAUUGAUUACAGAUUUGGUAUUGCAGUUGGCACUUGAAAGAGAGCGCCUUCAUAAGCAGAUAUCAUCAUUAAUAAAGGAGAAGAAAGUCGCAGUGAAGUUCUUACAGAGGGUAAAGGACCCUUCAGUUUCUGUGAUUGGAAGCCCUGAAGCUAAAGUAGAAGUGGUUAAGCUCUCUAAGAAUGAGAGCAAUAAUGGAAGGCCUGGAAAAGAAAGUAAUGAGGAAAAACAAGGCUCUUCAGCCACCAGUUAUGAGGCCGGCAAUGCUCAAAGCGAUUCGCCAAAAACCGGGACCAAUACAGGGCAGGAUGAUCCCUCCUCUGAGCUUGACACUGUUAGAAAUAUAGAUGCAAGGCAGUUGAAAUUGAAAUAUGUUUUGGUGAUAGUCCUUAUUUUUGUGAUUCCACCACUCGCAGCUUUUUUGCUUUCUCAGUGAGUUAUUGAAGCUUGAUUGCUUCGGUGCUCAUCUCCAGUGAGCCGAUAUUGGAUGAAACAUGUUCCCUCAGUUGAGCCGAUGUCGGACGAGUAAAAUUGGCAAGACUGCAUACAGGUCAGGCGAGGAACUACAUACCUUUUCCGCGUUAUGUGGAAACACGCCUUUGCAACAAGAGUUUUUAUGUGUAAUAUGGGAAGAAGCGUUUCCUAUAACUGUGUUUUUUUGGCAGUUCUGUGAGCAAGAAUAUACAGAGAGAUUUUCGUUACA